AUGAAACCAAUAAUAAUUCUAGCAGUGAUGUUACGAUUUUCGAAAAAUGUCCUGUGCGAGGAGGAUUUUUUGGAAGAAGCCGUUGCGUUUGUUAGAGCAUGUGGAACUGAAGAUUUGACUUUAUGUAUUAAGGAACGUGCUUUGAGAUACAUCGAUAAUCUACCAAACAACUUGGAUCUUGGAAGUGGUUUGAAAAUAAAAUCCGUUCAUCCAGAAAGAAUUGUUCGACGAGCUCCUAUAACUUCUUUACCAGACGAAUCACGAGCCAGAGAGGAGGUUCUUGAUAAUCUACUUCUAGAGAGGAUAAAGGAUUUCAUCAAAUCACAUACAUUCGAAUUCAAAGUACCUGAUGAAGCUAUCAUCGAUCUGGAUAAGUCAGUGGAAGAAGAGGCUGCAAAAAAAAAGAAAGGCGGCGGAGGGCUACGAAUUCGACCAAUAAUAAUGAUGUUAAUAUUGAAAGCGGCAGUUGUUGGAGCCAUAAUUUUGAAAUUCAUUGGUUUGGUAGCAUUUAAAGCUUUGUUACUUGCUAAGAUAGCUUUUACAAUAUCCAUUAUUGUAGCCUUGAAGAAACUUGUAGAAACGAAACAUCACACGUCCACUUAUGAAGUAGUAGCGGCUCAUCCACAUUAUGAUGAUCAUAGCCAUUUUGAUAGGUCGUUCAAUAAUGAUCUACCAUAUAAGGGAUACAAAGGAGGUAGAAAUGUGAAGUAG